AUGAAUAGAUUGGAAAAGUUCUUCACAACACUGAACACUGCUCAGUCGAAGGUUUUGAAGGGAUACACGACCAACGAGCUAGUUUCUCAAAUAAAAGAAUAUGUUGAUUUCACACCCUAUAUUCUUAAGCAAACGUAUAAGCUUCUGUGUGGGCAAGCAAAUGAGGACAGGAAAAAUGGAGCACAAAUUCUUAAGUCUUUGAUGUUCCAAUUUAAGCUUGUGACAGACUUUAAGGUUGAGUAUAAGAAGGGCAGCAACAUAUAUCUGGGUUCGACAGGAGAGCAGUUCAAUGCCCAGGCACCGUCUGUGCAGGAGCAGAAGAAAAUAGUUAAAAAGAUAGCAAAGCUGCAGCAUGUGGAGACUAACUUUCUGAGUGACAUUGAUUUUAAGGCAGGUAGUGGAGAAACAAUCAAGAGGCACAAGGUUGAGGAAAGACCCAUCGAGAACAUAUUUGACUUCUUUGAGCAAAUAACUGACAACCUGCUGAGCUAUGAAUGGCACAAGAGGCACGGUGCAUUCCUUGCAUUUGCGGCAAUGUUUUCUGAAAUAGACAGCGGAGGAGAUAUUCAGAUAAAGAUUGAUUCCAAGCUCUUUUCAAAGAUAUACGAGAUUCUUGUAACAGAUAAGUUUAAUGACUUUGUUGAUGAUAGGACAGUAGCACCGGUGAGAGACGCAGCGGCAUAUCUUUUGUCAUGUAUAUAUCCUCUAAUAGGACCCAAUGACAUUAUCGAACAAUUGUUUGGAUUUCUAGACAGUGAUGAUUGGCAGAUACAAUUUUCUGGACUGAUAGCUCUUGGGUAUCUGAAGGAAUUUGUUGAAGAUAGGGAUGGGCUUUGCAAAAAGCUCAUAUCUCUUUUGGGCAGUCCGGACGAAGAUAUAAAGCUCCUCAGCGCAGAGCUUCUCUGCCAUUUUCCAAUAACCGAUGGGCUUGAAAUAGUUCUCGACAAGUGUUGGAAAAACAUUGAGUCUGAGGAGGUUAUUUCUGUUUCGAAAACAUCUAAUCUUUCUCUAUUGACUAAGAUAUACAAGGAAAACCCGGAUCUUUCUAUUCCCCCCGAAAGGCUGAAAGACAUAUUCCCCUGUUUUACAUCGCCUGUGCCUGAAGUUAGGACUAGUAUACUGAACAUGGUGGAGAAUCUUUCUGAGGAUUCAAUUGAUUUCCUUGUUGCAGAAGUUAUUCUGAUAGAAGAAAAGGACGAGAUCAGAGAAAUGGCCAUUAAGCUUCUCAAAAAGCGGCCGGACCUUCCUAAGAAUUUGAUUAUCCAUUUCAUGAAUGUCAUUGGAGGAAGCCUUUACGAACCAUAUAGAGAAGAUGAUUUUGUUUCUUAUGAGGACUUAUACUUCACGAAGAGUGGGAUAAACGUGAUAGGAAAGGAUGAAAUCCUGAAAAACAGAUGCCUUUUGUUUGAGUGUAUUAUGAAGAGCAAAUUCCCUGAUUUGCAAGCGGGGAAUGAAACUAUGAUAAGCAAGACUUUUCUUUCCCUAUAUAGACAUGCCCAGGCCCUAUGCAAGGACAUAGCUAGUUCUUCCGAAAGUAUAGGAGAACUAGAGCAUUAUCUUGACGAAUGCAAGGAUCUUAGGAUGGUACCCUUGAAAGAGUUUAAGAAAAAGCUCGGCAUGCCCGGAAUCCACUCUAUCCAUCCGAUGGUCGAUCCCCUAUACGUGGACUACAUCAGAAUGAUAUCGUCAAUGAGAUUUCCAAUUCUUGACAAAGCAACAUCUCUCUUUGAGGUGGAGACGUGUAAGCAGUUUCUGGUUUUAUUCUCGAAAAUGAUAGUGGAGCACUACGAUGCUGGAAGGAUUUCGAUAGAAGAUUUCCUCCCAGUUGCAUAUGAGGGGAUGGCCUCGGGAAAGGAAGGGUUUCUCUCGUUCUUUGAGGUGUUUGGCUGCAGGCUCCUUGCAAAUCCUUUCUUCUGUAAGGUUAGCAAGCUGGAGAACAGGCUUGACUUCUUCUCAAAAACGAUUCAAAUAUACACGAAGGGACCAGAAAUCCAAAGCAUAGGAUUUAUAUUUGAUGAUGCGCUCCGGGAGAGAAACGUCACAGUAAUUACUGGGUUUAUGAAGUGCUUGGACUUCAACGAAAAGUUUGUAAGGAAAGCAUUGGAUGAUCUGGAUGUUGAGCUUCUUGACUCUGUUCUGAUGAGUGGGGACCAUUCUUUCAAUCCCUUGUUUGUCAAGCCUCUCCUUAAAAACAUAUCAAGCAAUGUAGACCGUAGCCUAUCUUCCAGGCUAUUCUCGAAGAUCAUUCCCACCCUUGGGUUUAGGACGAACACGAGAAUAUCAAAAGAUCUUCUUGAGAUGAUUGAGGAAGAAAAGAAGUCCCUUGAGUCACUGCUCGACUCGAAGAAAAUUCCUGAGUACCAUAUAAAAUGCCCUACUCAAGUCAAGCUUAGGGACUAUCAGAUGGAGGGAGUAAAAUGGUUGAACUUCCUUCACUCAUUCAACCUUAAUGGAAUUCUUGCAGACGAUAUGGGCUUGGGUAAAACUCUACAGGUUCUAACAUUCCUCUGUUCAGAAAUCUAUAAGACAAACAAGAAGGUCUUAGUAAUCUGUCCCUCAAGCCUUACUGGGCAUUGGAAGGCUGAAGUGAAGAAAUUCUUCCCAUUUAUAACCGCGGAGAUCUACAAGAGAGAAGGUAAAAGCAAAGGCGAUCUUCUGAUAUCCUCUUACGAGACGUUCAGAAAUGACUACCUCAAUUUUAUCGAGAAGGACUGGUUCUAUGUUGUAGUUGAUGAAGGCCAUGUUCUCAGAAACAAGCAAACGAUCUUGUACUCAAGAAUGAACAUGAUAAAGUGCCCCCGAAAGAUAGUCUUAACGGGAACCCCCGUGCACAACAGUGUGGAGGACCUUGUUUCUCUGUUUAACUUCCUGAUGCCCAACUAUAUUGGUUCUGAGAAGGAAUAUGGGUCGUUAAAUGUAAAGAUGUCAGACAUAGAAAUAGAAAAAACACAGGAAAAGCUCAACCUUCUCCACAGGAAGGUUCUUCCAUUUGUUCUCCGCAGGCUAAAAAUAGAUGUGCUGAAGGAUCUUCCUCCAAAGAUUAUUCGUGACAUUACUGUUGAACUCGGGCCUGUACAGGAGAAGCUAUACCGUGAGAUUGAUGAAAAAGGAGGAAAAGAGGGAGCUGGGGAUAUCGACCUAGAAUACGGCAAGGUGGACCAGAAGAACAUGGGGUUCAAAAGAACCAAGGAUCUUUUCCUUGCAGUCUCCCACAUAGGCCACUUCAAGAGUUCUAGUGAAGUUUCCUGCAAGGUCAAGGCUCUUGAAGACAUAAUUUCCCUAUGUGGAGGAGAGGAUUUGAGAAGCAAAAUACUAAUUUUCUUCCAGUUCAAGUCAAGCAUAGACCUUGUUAUAAAGGACAUAAUGGAGAAGUAUAAGUUUAAGUACUCAAGGCUGGAUGGAUCUGUGCCCAGCUCGGCCAGGGCUAAGAUUGCUGAGGAAUUCAACACUGGUACAACACAGAUACUGUUCCUUACUACACAGGUCGGUGGACUAGGCCUCAAUCUCACUGGGGCAGACACUGUUGUAAUGUACGAGCAUGACUGGAAUCCUUUCAAUGACUUGCAAGCAAUGGACAGAGCACAUAGAAUAGGACAAAAAAGAACCGUAAAUGUCUUUAGACUCAUAGCGAAGAACACUUUGGAAGAAAAAGUCAUGAAUCUUCAAUCGUUCAAGAUGUUCGUUGCAAACAGCCUUGUUUCUCAGCAAAAUGCAGAUAUAGAAACGAUGGAUACCAAGGACUUACUGGAGAGAUUCCAAGUUCCCGGGUAG